UUGACAUUACUUUUAACACGACCUUGCGUAUUAUAUAUAUAUAUAGUAGCUCGUAAUAACUGACGGGUGGCGGUGCAGCGGUAUGCAACUAUCAAAAUAUCUCCAAGUAUCUUUUGUUCGCAGCGUACGACGUCUUGCCGCACUGCGCAAUAUCUAUUCACGACCUUCUUAUCAUAUUAUUAUAUGAAAGGUGUAUUGAUGCGUUGCUGGUCGCUUUACCUGCGGACUAUUGAUUUUCUGACUUUCAAACGACACGAUGGCCGCUUCCACGGCCUUUCCUUCCUUUCACGACAAGUCACGUGUGAAUAACAACGUUACCUUGCAGGAAAAUGGAAUUAAAAAUAGCACAUGCAGCAGACGACAGUACGACAGCGUCGAAGGAAGUCGGGAUAUAAAUAUUAGAGUAAAUUCAAAAAUGAUCCCUGAACAAAUAACGGAGAGCGUGGCGGUCGCCCAAUUACCCAAUUACCAGGAGAAAUACGUAGCGAGUGUUGUGGACUUCAUUUCGAUGAGGCGCUUCAGCGAAGGCGUAUCGUUCGAGCCGGUCAUGGCUCCGGUUCUGUACGCAGACACUUUCAUCUGUUACAAGGACUCAACCCGAAAGAGGUACGUGAGCACGACGUUUUACGAACCCCGGGUGAAGCCGAGAAAGUUUUCGGACACCGCCAUCGUAUUUCCCAAGCGACCGGAGAAGACGUUCGUGUCGUUCUUGAACUAUCACAUCGACGAGUGUCGACGGUGGUUUAAGACCUGUCUGGAAUUCAAGGCCAGGACGUACACGACCUCAAGAACUGACGUGGGUGACGACGUCGCCGACAAAUCUCAGACGAACGGACUUACGGACGACGACGAAGCCGGGGUGUCUCAGGUAUUUCUACCACGGUUCAACACCGACGACAGGUUUAUCGCCGGACUUCACAAACACCCAAACUGUGAUAUCAACAUGAACGGGCCCUUAAUGAAUGGAGAUAUGGAUGUAUUGUGAUCAUCAUCAUCAUCGUCAUCAUCAUCGGGUGCUUGUAUUGUUCUGUCUUGUGUCCUGUGUAUUAUGGUAUAUACACUGUGAUGAAAUACACAUUGAGGGACAAUAACCCAUUAACUAUUUGCUUGUGUGGUUAUUCCUUGUCGCCCAUGUAUUACGGUAUAUACCGUUAUACACUGUGAUGAAAUACACAUUGAGGGACAAUAACCCAUUAACUAUUCCUUGUGUGGUUAUUCCUUGUCGCCCAUGUAUUACGGUAUAUACCGUUAUACACUGUGAUGAAAUACACAUUGUUUUUCAAUAACCCGUAUAACAGUUAGAUUAUUCUUAUAGGAAGGUCGGUAUGUAGAUAUUUAAGAUCCAUUUGGAAAAAUGAUAUUUACGGGAUUAAUGCAAUUUUGAAUCUCGGUAAUGAUGGUCGGAAUCUGACAAAGGUUGGGAUCUGAAUGUUAAAGUGUGAUCCAUUUAAUGAUUAAACUGGCUGCCAUUCCGGAGACUAUACCUCCUUUCAUUGAAAUUUCCAAUGUGGCGGAUAAAGGAGGAUGCGGCAAAUCGUUCAGGCACACGUACAUAUUAGACUGUGUGUUCGUGGUAGAAACAAAAUCCUGAAUAUACUGAAGAACAUAUGGAAGUUGUAACCUGAAACAUAAUGUGAAGUGAUCAUUCAGUAAACGAUGUAUGUAGAUCUCAAUUUGAAUACUUAGGCAUCCUUCUAAGAAAGGUACGUCUACAUAAUCAAUUGACGUUUGAAUUUUGAUAAUAAGGAGUGAUGAUAAAAGAACUUAACUUGAAAAAUACCCGUACUUAAUAAUGCUUGAUAGGCAUGUAGACAGAGGCGCGUACAGGAAUUUUAGCGUGGGAGGGGGCAGUCUAGGCUGUAGCGAACGACAUUUACAGGGGGUUACGUCAUGCUGCCCGGAAAAAAUGUAUCUACACCCCACCCCUGGACACGCGCCUGAGACCGAUGUCUGGAGUUUUAACAUCAGCACGUUAAAUACAUCUACAAGUAAGACUGAUAAUGUAUUUAAAAUGGAAGGUAUACUGCAGUAACUCGUCAAACUACACGGAUAUACAAGUCACUGCAUGAAGGUUUAUUGUCAACACAGAACACUGCAUAUAAUUGCUAAGAAGAAAAAGAAGAAAGGAAAGUUGUAAUCUGAAAGACGUGUACUUCAUCAAUACGUCUUCGCCGAUCUCCUGUAUGAUCGCGGGUUACCAACAAUGCAAGAACGUCGUGUAAAAUCUUUUAACAAGGAAGCAUGUAACGUGUACUUCAUCAAUAGGUGUUCACCGGUAUGUUGUAUGAACGCGUGUUAUUAACAACACACGCAGGUUAUGUGAAACUUUUGAAAAGAAAAAAAACCCAUAUCUCUUUGCAUCUCCACCGAAGCGUUCGUUACGAGACUGAUUUAUUGCCGUCCCGCUCAUAACAAUGUUUUGUUGAAACGCCUAAUUCUCUCGCUGAAUCACCUAAGCAAUGCAAGAAGAUCCUCAAAUAUUAUUUUGUCAACGUGCUGUGAACCAGUAACAAGGUUCUUUAUGAGAAAUAAAAAAAGCGCCUCCGGUGUUUAAAUAACGAUGUGCUAUACAUGGAGCUUGCCGUAGAUUAAACAAAUCUGUAUAUACUUCAGGAGCGGAUCUGCUGGUGUUCUAGGGGGCUGGUGUGUGCUCAUACCUAUCCUCGAACUCCGAAAGUCAAGUGUUUAACAAAUGUAUUCAAUCGGUUUGUUUUCAAGAGGAAAUGGGUGUAAUUUCUUUGUUCGUUUGGUGUUUUUGGGAUAGAUUGUCUUGUAUGUUGCAUGUUACUUUAAUUUUGAAAUACUUUUUUUUAACAAAUUGUACCCUAACCCGUAUCCUUUGCUUUUAAGUUGCAUUGCCUAUCUAAAUAACGUUCUCUUUUUAAUUUGUUUAAUGAAUGAAUGAAUGAAUGAAUGAAUGUUUAAUGACACCCCAGCAUUUUGAUUUUGUGUACCAACAUAUCAAUUAUGAUUUGGCUUAAUAUGGAAUUUAAUAUACGAACUGAACGUAGGAUUAAAUGUCUUAAAUUGCAGAUAGUUUAUGAAUGACUUUCUUUUUACUGUGAAGUCGUCAUUUGAUGUUAUUACUUCAAAGGGUGGCAUAAUACAUUUAUAAGGUUUGACUGCUAUGUGAUAAAAUGACUAGUAAAUAAGCUUCUAAAAUAUUUUUGAGUGUAUUAAGGUCAGAUUUAGUCUGUAAGUUUAGUUUGUUUUAGUAUUGGCUAGAGUAGAUUACGUCUAGCAUGUUGUCUAUUUGCGUCUGAACAGAACGUAUGAACUGUUAUAUAACGAUCUAAAUAAAUGAAAUAAAUGAAUGAAUGUUUAACGACACCCCAGCACGAAAAAUACAUCGGCUAUUGGGUGUCAAACUAUGGUAAUGCAAAUAAAUAAAGUGAUGAUCAACAUCAAUAUAAAAAUU